AUGAGCGGCGUAGCGCCAAUGCAGGCGUUGACCGAAUCGGCACAGAAGGGCAAAGCAAAAACAGUAAAGCAUACACCGAAUGUUAAAAGGAAGCAACAUUCUCGUAGUAAGCCGGGGAAACGCGAACAAGUUACAUUUGACGAAGACGCACGCAAAGAAUAUCUGACUGGUUUCCAGAAACGCAAGCAGCAGCGCAGGAAGGUUGCACAUGAACAGGCCCAAUUGAAAAUCCGCGAUGAACUUCGCAAAAGCCGUAUGGCCGCAGUAGAAAUGCGCAAAAAGCAGGCAGCCGAGAACGUGCGUGCAGAAAAGCUGGCAUUGGGUAUAGCAUCGGACGAGGAAAACGAAGAGCAGGAGCCUUUACAAGAAGAACAUGAUUUUGAGAAUGAGGAGCGCCGAGCACAUGUAACUGUGCAAGAAUUUGAUCUAGAUACCGAUUGGAGCGCGCCGCUGCCAAAAAUACCGUCGCUGCCGCCCUCCUCCCGUCGAGUCGCGAAAAAAGAGCAGUCGGUGAGGACAUCAUUGAAGCGUGCUGAAAAGCCGCGCAUCAAUGCAUCAAAACUGUCAGGGAGUCUGACCGGGAUCCUUGAGCCUGACGUGGCAGAAGCUGCGAGAGCGGACAAGUUAUUUAAAGAUGACCCAGUACUUGCCAUGCCCACGCACAAGAAGCGCCCGUUUUCAUAUUCAACAGCUGCAGAGCGUGCGCAGGAGCGAUUCAAGCAGGGCAAACGCAACCACCUUGCGGCUGAGGCACGUCGUGAAGAGAAUCGCAAACGUGUGAAAGGCGACACUACACUUACUAUCAUUGCGAACGUGCUUGGAAGCAGUGCCAUGGUGCUUAUUGUGGCUUACCGUAACCACACACCCUUCCACCCCGAGACAGGACCGGCGAGCGGUUAUAUGUUGCGGAAUUAUGCCGUUCAUGUGUAUGGAACCCCGAACAAGAAGGAGGAGUGCCACGAUAAUGUCAAGUCUUGGGAUACGAAUCUGCUAAAAGCGAACGACAAAUUUUUGUCGCUCAACUGGCAGGCCGCGGGCGGUGGUGCUUUUGCACUAAUUCCGCAGACGCAACGCGGGAAACUCCCGGAGCUGCUUCCACUUUGCCGGGGACAUACGUCUACCGUCCUUGACACAGACUUUAGUCCAUUUGAUGAUACAUUCAUUGCCAGUGGUGGUGACGAUGCAAACAUCUCAUUGUGGAAUGUGACUCCAGAGGUUGUAUUUGAGCGUAUGGAAGCGGCCAAAGACGGCAAUUUGGACGAGCUCAAGCCGAUGGCCACAUUCCAAGGCGGUCGUCGUCGUGUUGGACAUGUGCUCUUUCAUCCAACUGCUUCGAAUGUGUUAGCAGCGGCAACAGGAGAUCCAAUGAUUAAGCUCUUCGACGUUGAGACACAGAAAUGCCGCGUCGAACUCACUGGAUUUACUGACGCGAUCCAGUCUAUGUCAUUCGACGCUACAGGAUCCACUAUUGCAGCAACCUGCCGUGACCGCAAGUUGCGCCUUUUUGACACGCGUGCACCACAGAGUGUCCAAACAGUGGACUCGCACGGUGGUAUUAAAGGCGCUCGUGUGGUGUGGUGUGGCGACCGCCCUCGUCUCAUUACGACCGGCUUCAGCAAGCUAUCGGAGCGCCAAAUGUUCCUAUGGGAUGUAGCCGACUUGUCAAAGCCGAUCAAAACCGAGGUGCUUGACAACAGCAAUGGUAUUAUCAUGCCGUUCUGGACAGAUAAUAACGUGAUUUUCCUUGCAGGAAAAGGCGAUGGAAAUAUUCGCUAUUACGAACUGGAGAAUGACGAACUUCACUACUUGUCCGAAUACAAGUCCGUGGAUCCGCAAACUGGUAUGGCAAUGCUUCCUCGGCGUGACCUCAACGUGGACGAGAACGAAAUUGCGCGUGUGUACAAAGUGACAAACUCUAUGAUCCAGCCAGUCUCGUUCUAUGUUCCACGAAAAUCUGAUUCCUUCCAAGCAGAUAUAUUCCCUCCUGCAUUGUCUUCAAAGCCAGCCAUGACUGCAGUAGAGUUCUUUGAUGAAAAGAAGACUAUACCGCCCAACAUGCUCAAUUUUGACGACAGGUCGAUUACUGAGGGUGCAUCAGGUGUUGCUGCUGCCUUUGGCGCUGCUUCAGCUAGUGAGGGAAAAAAGGAUGAGCAGAUGCAAAAAAGCACGGGCGCAACCGACCAAAUGGCCGACGAAGCAAACGCAAAGGCCGACGAGGAGGCCGAGGGGAAAAGCGACAAGGAGGCAAAGGCAAAGGCUGCUAAGGAGGUCAGGGAACGAGCCCAGCGAGCCGAAAAGGAGGCCAGGGAAAAGGCCCAACAUGCAGAGAAGAAAGCCAGAGAAAAGGCUGGCCAGGCCGCAGAGCAGGCCAGAGUGUGUGUGGGCAGUUUGUCCAAAGGUGUAAAAGACUCCGCGGAUAAGGAUGCAGAGGAGGCUAUAUCCACUGCUGAAAAGGCUGCAGAGGAUGCCAAUGCAAGGGCUGACAAAGCUGCAAAAGCCGCCAAUGCCCGCGCCAACAAGGCGGUGGCUAUGCCUACAGCCGACGCACCAAACGCUACAGAAGAUUUGAAAGCUCAACUUGCGGAGCGGGAUACCCGUAUUCGCGAGCUUGAGAUGGAACUCACCAAGUUGCGCACCAACCAACAGCGUUUCCGCGACAUUGUCCUCAACAGCGAGUAG